AUGCCAUCGUCGCGUCAUCGUCGAUCUUCCUCCAAACAAUCCUCAUCCAUUUCCUCCAAUACCAACAAUAACAACAACAAUAACAACAACACGACAACCAAUAACAAAUCUUCAUGGAGAAGGAAAAAGAAAGAGAAACGAAAAAAGUCCAUUCAUUCCGAUUCAUCACAACAGUUGAAUUCUCUACAACAACAACAACAACAACAACAAUCAAAUCCUACGACCAUAACCAAUUCUUCAACAACGUUCGAACAUGAAGGAGGAAUAAAUAAUUUUCAACAACAACCAUCCAAACAUCCACGAAUUCCAUUAUUGUGGACAAAAACACCUCCAUCCAAUAAUAAUUACAGUAAUAAUAAUAAUAUUCAUAGUUCGAAUAAUAGUCCUGUAAUGGUCGUUGAUGAUCGAAAGACUAAAGCAAAUGCUUCAACAGAAUUGAAUUCUCAUCAAAAUUUGAACCAAACCAAUCAUCAUCAUCAUUACACACUUGUUGCACAACAAGAUCCACAAGAGGACCAAGAUGCACAAUUAAUGGGAGUCAUGGGUGAAUUUCCAACUCUUUCUUUUUGUGAUUUAAUGUUAUUGGGAUCAAAUCCUUUGGAUGUGAAAAAUUCCACAUCAUCAUUGAGUGUGACUUCUCCCAUCAUCAUGAAUGACAACAAUUUUCAUCAUACAUUCUCAUCCAUGAGUACGACAACGACGAAUUUGAGUUCAACACCAUCCUCUUCUUCUUCUUCGAGAAAACAUUUUCACUCGACAAGUAAUAGCACUGGAAGUAUUAAUUUACCAUUGACAAGUAGUUUUGGAAAGGAAAAUUUGACAAAUUCGAGUCCAAUGUCCGUGAUGAAAACCAUGUCACCAUUGGCACCGUCUGUAGUGAGCAGUAAUCUUGUCACAAAACCAUUAUCAUUGGACAUUUCAAAAUUGAAACCAAAAUCAAAUCCUAGUCCUUCAUCAUGUGUGACACCAGAAGUUGCGAAUGAUGACAAUGACGACAUGACAUCUAGUCCCAAUAUUCGAUUAACAAACAGUGAAAAGAAAGCUUCAAAAUAUAGAGAACGAAGCUUUUCAUUUGGAUCGAAAAAAGCAGCUUCUACUUCUGGAUCUCUCUCACAUCGAGGAUUUAACAUUUCAUCAUCAUCGGGAGAAAAUCUCCACAAAAAUUCCUCUUCUUCCUCCCCAAAUCAUUCAACGAACAUGUCGUCACGAAUGCAACAAGGCAUGUCAUUUUCAAAAUGGACAGAAUUAAUUCAAAAUAAUGGAGCUUUUGCUAGGAUUAAUAAUUUAUCAUCGAAUCAUUCGUCACCUUCAAAUUCUCCGAAUAUGCUUCAUCCUCAACAUGGUGUUGUGGACAAUACGACGACCGAUGAUUCGAAUAUGAGUGGAGAUGUCAUGUCCUCUCAUGACUCUUCCGAUAUUUUCGAUCAACUCGAAGAUAUUUUGUCGUAUCAACAUCCAACAAGUCCUCGAUAUCGAACUUAUUCAAAAUCUGAGAAUCAUGAACAUUUAACAACGAAUAUGGAAAAUCUUUCUCCAAAAACAACAGAAAUUGGAAAUAGUCAAUCGUUGGAUCUUCAAUUUGCAUUAAUUGGAAGUCGAGGAGGAACUCGAAAAAUUGAAGAUUGGAUGAAGGAAAAUAUGGAACUACGAAAAAGUGAAAUUCCUUCAUUGAGAGAAUCACGUGCUUCGACUGAAUCUAGGAAAGGAGUUCCUACCACUCGAUUGACAUCGAAAAGUAGAAGUUCCUUUAAUUCUAGAUCUGCCAUUGAUUUAAAUGCAACGAAAAUUGUGAAAAACAUACCAUCCAUUUCAGACGAUAUGGAUUCUGACAAAUCGAGUUCCUUUUCAGAAGGAAAUUCACCUUCCUUUAGACCACGACGAAAGAAGAGAAGUGAAAGUCAUAUUGUGGUGAAUGCCAGUGUUUGUUUACAUUUUGCGAUUGACAAUUUUAAGGGUCUGGAAGAAUCACUCAAGCAAGAACGUCAAAAAUUAGAACAAAAAUCAAGUGGAGAAAAUGACCUUCUCGUCAUCGAUAACAAAUUUCCUGUUCAACUUCAUGUCUUGCAUCGUGUCAAGAAAUCCAAUGACACUUAUAUUUGGCUACCUCUCGUUCACACUCAUGAUGUGGAUUUACUGACUCUUCAAUAUUCAUCAUCCUUCUCUUCAAAUAAUGUCACAAAUCACUCAAGCAAUGGUGAAAGAAAUAAUUUCACAACAACCACAACUCCUAAAAAGAAUGACACAACAAAUGUCAAUGACAUUAUCAAAUUUCAAACCACAGCGACUCUUCCUUUCCAUUUUGAAAAAAUUACUCCAUUGCUUUUUGCUCUCGUGAGUACUCGAACGAAUAAUGUUUUGGGAUCCUAUGAAGGAUGUUUGGCAGAAAUUUGUGGAGCUCAACGAUUACUCAUUCGACGAAAGCUGAUCAAACAGAAAAAACAUUUUUGUGAUAUAGUGAUUCAGGCCACUUUUCCACACGAACAUUCGAAUCCACAUGGAUGUUCCUCAUUGUUACCAUUUUCACAACAAGGUUCAACAACACAACAUCCAGCGCCCAUACAAUUCAACAAAAUUUUGGAAACUCAAAAUUUCACACGCCACAACAAGGCAGAACCAUCUCGUUUAUUUACAGAACUGGAUGAAGAAUUUGCAACCAUGGAACAAGUGGACACAAACAAUUCUGAAUCAGCGUCCGAUCUCACCUCCUCACAAACGAAUGAAGAUUUUGAAAGGUCAACCACAAAAUCAUUGUUGACAACAACCAAUGACUCAAAAGUUUCAAAAAAGAAAAAACUCCCCAACAACGAAGUUUAUUUAGAUUUUGAUGAAAUUCAAGCCAAACUUGAAAAGAAAUAUAAGGACUGCUUUUUAGUGGUCUCUCAACAAUUUUUCACAGAGAAGGAUCAAACAGGUUCCUUCAUUCCUCUCUAUACGAGCGAAACAAACACAAAAUCCACAAAAACUCCCUCGUUUGAACCUUUCACCAUCAAACCAACACUCGAAUUCAAAAUUAUUCGAUUUCGAUUUGAAUUAUUUUAUUGGGAAACAGUUUCGAAACAACAAUUUGAUGAAUUGGGAGAUGUCGCUACUCCACGUUAUUCCUUUAAACAAUCUUCGUCUCAAUCUUCUGUAAUUUCUACCAUUGGUCAUUACAAGACAUUAAUUGGAGCAGCCGAAGUACUCUAUCAAGAUUUUAUCAAAUUUUUUGAUUCACCAGUGUUGCCAUCGUCAUUGCCACCUCCACCUCCUCCUCUCAUGACACCAUCCGUUCCCAUGACAGGUGUCUACCUUUCCAACACUUUGGAAGAUAAGAAAAACGAAACCUUAUUGUUGGGUCCAUUUUUUCACAUUUCAAAUACUGGAUUGAAUGAAGUUGCAACAAGAGAUCACACCAAUGCUUCCAAGAAGAAUCGAAAAUCAUUGAAAAAUGUCACCUUUGAUCCUACGACUGUCCUCACGACGACCAUGACGACCAUGACGAGUGACACUUCUCCUUCAACAACCACUGUGAAUGCCUCGACGUUUCAUACCUCUCCCAUGAAUAAUAACUCGACAGGAAAUAAUUCUUAUAUCCAUACGAGUAAUGGAGGAAAUAAUUCAUCAUUGUCUUCAUCUUCACACAAAGUGUCACCACUCACAGUUCGUCUCUAUGUGGAUAAAAGAAUUCAUGUCAUGAAAGAAGAGACUCUGGCACCUCAAGGAAUGGAUCCCAUUGAAGAUGAAAAUAAUCCUUCAGUGGUUCAUCGAAGACGUAAAGUAUUGAGUGUUGUGAGUUCACAAAAUGGAUCAUUGACGUUUAAGAAAGUGAAAGAACGAGUCGUGCAACUCGAAGAACAAUCGGAUUUGGAUGUAACCUAUACCUUUUUGGAUUAUAUGAAAACAGGAUUGAGAUUUAAAUGUUAUUUUGCAUUGGAUUUUACCAAAGACAAUACUGAACCAAGAAAUGACAAUUUACAUAAUCCUCCAAAAGGUCAAAAAUCCAUCUACGAACAAUGCAUGGAAAGUAUUAGCAAGAGAAUCUUUCAAUACGAUCCCAACAUGACUGAUUUUCAUCUCGUUGGAUUUGGCAAUGAUCGUCACGAACCUGUUUUUAAUUUAUACAGUAAGGGAGAAGAAGCAUCCGAUUAUCAAGCAUCUGGUUCAUUUCAUUUUAAUGACACUUCGACUGGUUCACAAGAUGUUGACAGUGUGUCACAGAAUUAUAUUUUUUCAGUGUUGUAUCCAAGAUAUUAUCCUCCUUUGAAAAUUCAUCAAUUAUCACCUAUUUAUCGACAAUAUACCUCCAGUACACCUACCUACAAAUUAAGCAUGCAAGAUUGUGUCAAAACCAGUCAUUAUGCCUUCACAGAGACCAAUGUCCAUAAAGGUACUCGAGAUUUGACCAAUGCCAACAAACACAUGACCUAUGAAGAGAGCAAAUCGGAUCCUUUGAAAAGAAUUUCCUCUCCAGAAUUUGUUCAUUUAAAUGUCAUGAGAGAUGUGAAUUCUUCUUCUAUAUCAGGAAUUACGAAUUCGUCGUCACCUCCAUCCUCAUUGACAACAGGUCGAAAUUUUUCUCAAAAUGAUGAAAAGAGAAGAUUUUCAACGGGAACUUCGAAAGGAAAUUUAUUUGAUUCGGGUGUGUUUAAUAUGGCUUCGAAAUAUGCACCCAAUGAUUAUUAUCCUGUGAUUAGUGACGUGAUUGAUUUGAGUUGUAAUUUGAAGAAUGAGGAAAGUAUUACUCAGACCUUGUUGUAUUUGUAUAGAGAGAGACAAAUGGCAAAGAAAGGUUAUACUGUUUCGAAUAGUGGAAAUAUGACAAGUAUGAGUGGUUGUAAUUCAAAUUCGAAUUCGAAUUCCAAAAUGGUGAACGACGAUCAUUCUUCUUCACAAUUGUCACUCAAUCAUAUCAAUCCGGUACUUUAUAAUUUACUCGUCAUUUUAAUUCCCAAUGAUUUUAUUCAUGUGGAAGAAACCAUUUACAAGUAUGUGGAGGCAUCUCAUAAGGCAGCCCUCUCAAUUUUGGUCAUUGGCGUUGGAAGUGGAUGCUCCUUCAAGACACAUCGUUCCAUUAAUUUUAACAAUGAUGUUUUUAGUAACAAUUCGAGUUGUUCCUCUGGAGUGGGUUCUAGUGGAGGUGAGCGAAAGAGUAUUCAAUACAGAAUUCAAAGUACUCUUCCGACCACGUCAGAUCUUCAAUACAGAGGAUUGAAAGCCUCUCGAAAUUGUGUCACGUUUGUGAGACUCAAUGACUAUGAAACGGUGAAUGAGGCGAUUGAAGCUGCUCUCAAAGAUAUUCCCAAGCAAGUGUGUCGAUACAUGAAGAUGAAAGGCAAAUUGAUUUUAUCUCCUGACAAUAAGUGA